UUGCGUAGGCUGAUCAUUCGUGUAUUGAACAUGGAAAGUUCUGGCUCACAAGCGACUGGGUCGUUGCUGCAUAAAUUUAAAAUCCUGAAUAUUACCGGAUUAGGGCACUAUCGUUGUUAUACAAAGAAGUUGCAAAAAUACCUGAGCGGGAAUCCAGAAACAAUAUCACAGAGUAUUCAACCAUAUGACUUAAAAUACUGGCCAAGCAAUUUGAACAAGAGGACAUUCACUCGCCAAUUAAGCCGAUGUACAACUAAAUUCUUCUCAGCCAUUCCAAGGUUGUCGGAAAAUGAAUCUUGCAAUCGGCAUUCGUUGUGUAGACCUCGAAAAGCGAAAAAGAGAAAGGAAGUUUCUCCUCAGAAUAUAUUAGAAUAUAGUUACAGCGGUGUAAAACGAAUUUGUGGCGAGUGUGGACUCCAGGUAUUUGAGCUAGACUUCGCAUUUAUCUGCAGUGACUGUGGACAACUGAUUCAUAAAGGUUGCACGGACGUCUGUAAACGCAGGCAUGGAUAUGUUACCUGCGGCGGGGAGACAAAUGCUAGCCAGAUAUACCCUUUUUGUCAAAUUAACAACUUGUCCAAAAUUUUCAACGGUGGUGAGCUAGGUAAAAGGAUAUUUAAGGUGCCGACCAGAACACACGCAACAAAAUGUUUCCCGAUUAUAAGACCCUUGCAAGUCACGACUAUGAAUCCAGUUUCUAGAAAGAGCUUGGGCACAAAGAAAAGACGCCGACAAAGCAAACGCUCCUCUGAAUAUGACUUACUGCUUCCUAGUAAAAGAAGAAAGAUUGAAGUUGUUAAACCAUCUACACACAGAAAUAGACAGACAAGGCGAAGAACCAGACGAAACAAGAAAACACCAGGCGCUUCUUGGAACAGUUUACAUACAGCUGGAAACACACUGGAAGACGUGUCUAAUGAUGAAUUGACAACUAGCAGGUGUAGAAUAGAUAGAAGGAGACUUAACAACAGGACAAUCAGUGACCAAAAAUCGCAUACUUACUUAAAGGAAGACAUCUCCAUUUUCGUUUCGAAGACGAUGGAUUUCCUAGGCUAUGGGUUUGAAAUGAUAAAGUUCAGGCAAAGAAUGUACCAUGCAGACGACGAACUUACUGCAAGAUUUACGCAACAGCCAGAUACCCGCGUCACUACAGGUGGAAAAGGAGAAGGGACAGCAAUGUACUGUGAAAAUGACGAAGAUUACUUGUAUGUAGUAAAGCAGUUAAUAUGUACUGACUAUCCACAGGGCUUUAUUGACAUGAAAAACAUAACCAUAUUUAAAACAGAAAGAAAUAUAAUGUCACCAGGCUAUAAAAGACUUGAGUUAUUAAGAUUUUCAGGUCGGUAUCGCAGGAAUGAGAUAAAGGUAUCGCUUAUUGAAUCCCAAUCAGGCUCUUUGUACCUGUCAAACGAAGCAUUUAUUGAUUCAUUACGAAUAUCACAAGAGCACAUAUGUAAUCUUGGUGGUUACAUAAAAGGUGACAGAAGCGGCCCAUCAACACCGAUAUCGGACAAAUACAACAGCUGUGACGAUGUUUUAGGAUUGCCAUGUUGCUGUCCAGAUCUUUUUGAGAAAUGGUUCGCACGUCCACGAAAUAAUAGAUGGCCAACGGAGGAGGUACUGCAUGCCAUAUCUUUACUAGACGCGCAUGUUGUUCCAGUAGGAUUUAAAGGUUCGCCCGAUCAGUACCUAGAGUGGCGAAUCUGUUUCUCCCUGGAAGAACUGCAUCUGAUGCAAACAUUAAAUGUGUGUCAAAUUCAAACAUAUAUAUUACUUAAGAAGAUAGCUAAAACAUGCUUACAGCCGAUCAGUAAAGACAUCAACUUCAUAUGUCGUAAAAAAAUACCGUUUUAUGGAUCUGUGAGAAAACACCAAGUUCGUUUUUCCAAAAGAAGCAUGUCUUACAUAGAUUGAUAGACUGCAUCGAAUUCUUGAGGCAAUGUUUUAGAAAGAAUAACUUGCCUAGCUAUAUGAUUUCUGAAAGAAAUCUAAUAGCUAAAAGAUUAGACCGUUCACAAAGACGUCAGCUGGAAAACAUACUAUGUAAUUUGAAAAGGGAAGAGGGACAAAUGUUGCUUAGAAUAGGACAGUUCCGAGACGCCAUGCUUGUUAUGUACAAAAUGCCAAAUAAAUUUAGAGAGUAUGGGGAAAGUCGAAAAUUGUUGGAAAGGAUAGUUCUGAUGCGGAACUGGAUACGUGAGUCCGUAUGGAAGCCACACAUGACAAAGAUAGAAAGAUAUCGGCUGGCAGCAAAGCACAAAGGAUAUAUGGUACUAGAAAGAGAACUCGAUGACAUGUUGCAUGUCGACGUUGAACAACUGCAAGAAAAAGGAUGGACGUUCGACGAAAUUAACGAUCUAUGGAUGGAGAGAAUCCACCUGGUUUUGUCAUAAACUAUUGGCUUUUAGUAAAGUAAGCACAACAGAGCAAGUAACAUAUUUAGACCUCACUGUAUUUCUCAAGACAAACAAUUGUUUAGGAUAUGAAUUAUACUCCUACACGACUGGAGGAGAAAGUUUAAAGCAUGAGAAGCUAUAACAGAACAUUACCUUAAUUAUAGUAUUUAUUUUGUUCUAUUACGUUGUAUUGUACUCAGAAUCAUGUCACGUGUUUACAAAAAAUUACCUCAAUUUGAAAUAAAUACUUCUUGAAGGGUAAAGAA